AUGAGCCUCAGAGAACCUCUGGACCUCUCAGGAAAAGCCCCAUCGGAUAGCAUGAUGGGCAUUGAAGACGAGUGGGGGAUUGUACGCCCUAUCCAGAAAGGCAAGAUCGAGGUCAUAUUCGGCAGAGACAAGUCAGGAAACUCCCUUCCGCCGAAGAUCGAGUCGCCAAUAGAGAUUUCGGGGAGUGUUUAUACCGACGCCCAGGAACCGAGAAUCGACCAUACCUGGCUCCAAAACCCGUUCCUGCUUUGGCUAAAAGCGUUUGCUCCGAACCGAGAGUCUACUCUGAGCUGCCCUCCUCCGGCUGGAGAUUGCCUGCCUCAUGUUAGCGGAAGAGUCAGGUCACACACGCUCCAAGAAGGCAACCCCGGAAAACUCGAGGAGUCUUGGAAUCUGCUCACCAAGUUUAAGAAUUGGGUGUUUAGUGACUACGACCCCCCGACGGAGAAUGGUGGUUCGACAACAAGGGUCGAUGUGGCCUACGGCGACAAUACAAGCGCACAGGAGAAGAUGGCGGGCACAUUCCCAUCAGAAAUCACGGAGUUUCCCAGCUUCGAAUAUGAGGAAUACGACCUCUUUUUUCCGACUCCCAAAUCCCCGAGCCGCCUAGUUUCGAACACAGGGAAUCCCUUUUUCACAGACCUAGAGGCUGCAAUGCCGGGCCCCAGCUUCUUCGACUAUGAUUCCGACGAGGAACUUGCUGCUAGCUUCCACACUGCAGGUGGUGAAAGCAGUGAUUCAACCAAAGAGGCAAUCUCGUCAGAACGUCUCUCCAAGCAGGAAACUCUCUUUGGGGACAACGAGGCUGAGAAACCGAGACCAAAGCCAAUGGAAAAGGGGUUGUCCAGAUGCAGUGUCUGUGACUUUUUUGGAUGCCCCACCGAGCUUCCCGAAGGCAGAGAGAGCCUUUUUGGAGGGGAUGAGGAUGAGCCCAGGAGGCCUUCACCUAAUGAGUUGCGAGUCAACAAGCCCGACUCGAGGCCGAUCCUUGAGCGCAACUGGGAACUCUACUUCUAG